CGCGGAGCCCCAAUGAAUGGGGGAGCCGGAAGCAGGAAGUGAGUUUGCGAAGAGAGCAGCUGCUGCAGCAGGGCCCAUGGCGGACACCCAGUACAUCCUGCCCAAUGACAUCGGCGUGUCUAGCCUGGACUGCCGCGAGGCCUUCCGCCUGCUGUCGCCCUCAGAGCGCCUCUAUGCCCACCACCUGUCGCGCGCCGCCUGGUAUGGAGGCUUGGCGGUGUUGCUGCAGACUUCCCCCGAAGCCCCUUACAUCUAUGCCCUGCUCAGCCGCCUCUUCCGGGCCCAGGACCCCGAUGAGCUGCGCCAGCACGCCCUGGCGGAGGGCCUCAGCGAGGAGGAGUUCCAGGCGUUCCUGGUCUACACUGCGGGCGUCUACUCCAACAUGGGAAACUACAAAUCCUUUGGCGACACCAAGUUUGUCCCCAACUUGCCCAAGGAGAAGCUAGAACGCGUGAUCCUGGGAAGCAAGGCAGCCCAGCAGCACCCAGAGGAAGUCCGGGGCCUCUGGCAGACGUGUGGGGACCUCAUGUUCUCCCUGGAGCCGCGGCUCCGGCACCUCGGCCUGGGGAAGGAGGGAGUCACUACCUACUUCUCAGGGGACUGCACCCUGGAGGAUGCCAAGCUGGCUCAAGACUUCUUGGACUCACAGAACCUCAGUGCCUACAACACCCGGCUCUUCAAGGAGGUGGGUCAGGACGGGCGGCCCCGCUAUCAGGUGCGGCUGGCCUCGGCACUGAGCUCAGAGCCCGCUCUGGAUUCUGACGUGGCUCCCAAGCUGAAGAGCUACGACUUCCAGGGGAGCCAUUUCCAGGUGACGCGGGGGGACUACGCCCCCAUCCUCCAGAAGGUGGUGGAUCACCUGGAGAAAGCCAAGGCGUACGCAGCCAACAGCCACCAGGAGCAGAUGCUGGCACAGUACACGGAGAGCUUCCUGCAGGGCUCCAUCGAGGCCCACAAGAGGGGCUCCCGCUUCUGGAUCCAGGACAAAGGUCCCAUCGUGGAGAGUUACAUCGGCUUCAUCGAGAGCUACCGAGACCCCUUUGGUUCCCGUGGAGAGUUUGAAGGCUUCGUGGCCAUGGUGAACAAGGCCAUGAGCGCCAAGUUCGCGUGCUUGGUGGCGAGCGCAGAGCAGCUGCUCACGGAGCUGCCCUGGCCCCCGGCCUUCGAGAAGGACAAGUUCCUCACCCCCGACUUCACCUCCCUGGACGUGCUGACUUUUGCGGGUUCCGGCAUCCCGGCUGGCAUCAACAUCCCCAACUAUGAUGACCUCCGGCAGACGGAAGGCUUCAAGAACGUGUCACUGGGCAAUGUGCUGGCCGUGGCCUAUGCCACCAAGCGGGAGAAGCUGACCUUCCUGGAGGAGGAGGACAAGGACCUGUACAUCCGCUGGAAGGGACCCUCCUUCGACGUGCAGGUGGGGCUGCACGAGCUGCUGGGCCACGGCAGCGGGAAGCUCUUCGUGCAGGACGAGAAAGGAGCUUUCAAUUUUGACCCGGAGACAGUCAUCAACCCGGAGACCGGGGAGCAGAUUCAGAGCUGGUACCGGAGCGGGGAGACGUGGGACAGCAGGUUUAGCACCAUCGCCUCCAGCUAUGAGGAGUGCCGGGCCGAGAGCGUGGGGCUCUACCUCUGCCUCCACCCCCGCGUGCUGGAGAUCUUCGGCUUCCAGGGCUCCGAUGCUGAGGACGUCAUCUACGUCAACUGGCUGAACAUGGUUCGGGCCGGGCUCCUCGCCCUGGAGUUCUACACCCCCGAGGCCUCCAACUGGAGGCAGGCCCACAUGCAGGCCCGGUUUGUGAUCCUGAGAGUCUUGCUGGAGGCCGGCGAGGGGCUCGUUACUGUCACUCCCACCACAGGCUCCGACGGGCGCCCAGAUGCCCGGGUCCGCCUGGACCGCAGUAAGAUUAGGUCUGUGGGCAAACCCGCCCUGGAACGAUUCCUCCGGAGGCUGCAGGUUCUGAAGUCCACAGGGGAUGUGGCCGGAGGUCGAGCCCUGUACGAGGGAUACUCAGCGGUCACCGAUGCGCCCCCCGAGUGCUUCCUCACCCUCAGGGACACGGUGCUACUCCGCAAAGAAUCCCGGAAGCUCAUUGUGCAGCCCAAUACACGCCUGGAAGGCUCAGAGGUGCAGCUGCUCGAGUACGAGGCAUCGGCCGCCGGCCUCAUCCGGUCCUUCUCUGAGCGCUUCCUGGAGGAUGGGUCGGAGCUGGAGGAAAUCCUCACCCGUCUGGCCUCAGCCGAUGCCCAUUUCUGGCAGAGCUCCCCGGCCCCCUCCAGCCAGGCCUAAGGUCUGUGCAGUGUCUCCCGACUCCAUCAGACCAAGGCAGCAAGUGGCGCCUUGGUGGGUGUGUUUGGGGGCUGCAGGGGACGGAAGCUCGGACUUGGUGCUACCUCAGCCGGGGGCGGUGACUCGGACCCUCCCGUCCGUCAGCACUUUGCUCUUGCCGAGCACAUCCCCUGUGCUGGCUCAUCUGAUCCGGUGCCCUGUGGCGCGGGCAAGGCCAGGCUCCUGUCCUGUCCCGCAGAUGCAGAGCCCAAGGCUCAAGAGAAGCCGUGCGCAGCUCCACAGCGCUCGGGCGCUUCUCCCAGCCCAGGGCUC